AUGGCGGCUCGGCCGAGCCCAUGGCUUGGGCCGGCGUUUGGGCUGAGGUUGCUGUUGGCGGCUGUGCUCCAAGCGGUAUUUGCCUUCGGGGCAGAGUUUUCAUCAGAGGCUUGCAGAGAGUUAGGCUUCUCCAGCAACUUGCUCUGCAGCUCCUGUGAUCUUCUUGGACAGUUCAACCUGCUUCAGCUGGAUCCUGACUGUAGGGGAUGCUGUCAGGAAGAAGCGCAAUUUGAAACCAAAAAGCUUUUGUCAGAAGUGAUAAACCCAAACUAUUCAGAGGACUGCAAAUCAAGUAUGUUCGUGGUUCAGACCCUGUACUAA